GCGGGGUUUGUCUGACAUCCAUCUGAAUGUAGCUGGAAGCUUCCCGGUUCCGCUCCUGACAACCCUGGACGGAUUCGUGUCGACUGCCCAGAGUCCGCGAAUUCAAGUCCGCUGUCUCCCGUGAUCAGCAAAUCUGUCGUUUCCGAAUAAUAAUAACACGAGGACGAGCCAGAAGCUCUGUUAAAACCAAGCCGGUGACCAGUGAGACUGACCACCCAACUCCCAUCAACAUGUCACUGCACCAGUUUCUGCUUGAGCCCAUCACCUGUCACGCCUGGAACCGGGACAGAACCCAGAUCGCCAUCAGUCCCAACAACCAUGAGGUUCACAUCUAUCAGAAGAGCGGUAACCAGUGGGUGAAGAGUCAUGAACUGAAGGAGCACAAUGGACACAUCACAGGUAUCGACUGGGCUCCUAAGUCCGACCGUAUCGUGACGUGCGGAGCGGACCGUAACGCCUACGUCUGGUCUCUGAAGGACGGCGUCUGGAAGCCCACGCUGGUCAUCCUGAGGAUCAACAGAGCUGCUACCUUCGUCAAGUGGUCUCCUCUGGAGAACAAGUUCGCUGUGGGCAGCGGCGCCAGACUCAUAUCAGUCUGCUACUUCGAGUCUGACAACGACUGGUGGGUGAGUAAGCACAUCAAGAAGCCGAUCCGUUCCACCGUCCUCAGUCUGGACUGGCAUCCGAACAACGUGCUGCUGGCGGCUGGAUCCUGUGACUUCAAAUGCAGGGUGUUCUCGGCCUACAUCAAGGAGGUGGAGGAGAAGCCGGGCCCCACCCCCUGGGGGUCCAAGAUGCCGUUUGGGGCGGUGCUGGCUGAGUUUGGGGGUGCUGGGGGGGGAGGAUGGGUCCACUCUGUGUCCUUCUCCUCCUCUGGUAACAGACUGGCCUGGGUCUCACACGACUCCACUGUUACUGUGGUGGACGGUACCAAGGGAUCCACUCCGUCUCAGCUGAAGACUGAGUUCCUCCCUCUGCUCAGUGUUCUCUUCAUCUCUGAGAACAGCGUGGUGGCAGCGGGUCAUGACUGUUGUCCCAUGCUGUUCCGUUGUGAUGACGGAGGGUCCCUGACGUUUGUCUCUAAGCUGGACCUUCCUAAAGCCUCCAUCACUAGAAACAUCUCCGCUAUGGAACGCUUCAGAAACAUGGACAAGAGGGCGACCACAGAGGACCGUAACACAGCCCUGGAGACACUGCACCAGAACUCUAUCACUCAAGUCUCUAUCUAUGAGGGAGACCAGAGGGACUGUCGUAAGUUCUGCACCACGGGCAUCGAUGGAGCGAUGACCAUCUGGGACUUCAAGAGUCUGGAGGCGUCCAUCCAGGGGCUGAGGAUCAUGUGAAGGACCAGCUAAACAACAACCCCCCCCCCCCUCGUUUCCCUGACAACCCCCCCCCGUUUCCCUGACAACCCCCCCCCCUCCAAGCGGCCAGUAACAGUCUGACCACGCUAAGAAGUAUCUGUUUAAAAAGCACUGACUACACACACACACAGACACCUCUACACACACACACACACACCCUCUCUGAGCUGACAUUACCGCUGAUUGUUUGUUUAUGUAAACGAAGGGUCAUAGGUCAACUUGACGACCCCGGGAUGUACCACAUUCCACAUCAGUGUAUGUUUUUCUAAUGUAAUAAUAACAACAACAGGUGUUUUGUGUCUAAAAUGACUUCGGCACUACAACACUAAGUCACCAUUGAAGAAUGUGCUGAGUCGCAAAUGUGACCAGAUAGUGCACUACUUUAGACCAGAGUCCUAUAGAACCCUAUUCCCUAUAUAGUGCACUACUUUAGACCAGAGUCCUAUAGCACACUAGUCCCUAUAUAGUGCACUACUUUAGACCAGAGUCCUAUAGCACACUAGUCCCUAUAUAGUGCACUACUUUAGACCAGAGUCCUAUAGCACACUAGUCCCUAUAUAGUGCACUACUUUAGACCAGAGUCCUAUAGCACACUAGUCCCUAUAUAGUGCACUACUUUAGACCAGAGUCCUAUAGCACACUAGUCCCUGUAUAGUGCACUACUUUAGACCAGAGUCCUAUAGCACACUAGUCCCUGUAUAGUGCACUACUUUAGACCAGAGUCCUAUAGCACACUAGUCCCUGUAUAGUGCACUACUUUAGACCAGAGUCCUAUAGCACACUAGUCCCUAUAUAGUGCACUACUUUAGACCAGAGUCCUAUAGCGGCUAUCCUCUGUGACGUGUCCCUAUGGGCCCAUGGUCAGAAAUAGUUCACUGUCAAGGACCCAGGGUGCUAUUUGGGAUGGUUCCUAUGUCAUCAGAUGGAGGAUGUACCUGUGAUGUGUCUAAUAAAGAAUCAAUCGACACUA